UCACUCACCAAACUCUCGUUCACUCAAUCUAACCCAACACCCCAUUCCCACGCUAUUUUCAAGCACUGAGAGACACAAAAAAAAAAUGUUCCGCUCAACCCUCCGCCCGCUCACUUCCUCCUCCAUCACCGGCCGCGCCGCCACCCUCCUCACCCCGACGGCUCGUCCUGUCCUCCUCCAGCACAACCACGGCUUCCACACCACCCGCCCAGCCUUCGUCAAGCCAGGCGACCCGCUGCCCGAUACGGACUGCCUGAUGGAGAGCCACCCGGGCCAGCGCGUCAACCUGGCCGAGGAGGCCGCGCGCGUCAACAACAUGCUCCUGAUCGGCGUGCCGGCCGCUUUCUCGCCGGCAUGCUCUGCAACACACAUCCCCGGUUAUGCAAGACAUCCGCGGGCGAAGGAUUAUGAGGUGGUUGGAGUGGUAUCGGUGAAUGAUGUGUUUGUGAUGAAGGCGUGGGGUGAUCAGCUGGAUCCGGCUGGGGAUUUGGGGAUCCGCUUCUUUGCCGACCCAACCGGCAAGUUCACCAAGAUGAUGGACAUGGCAUUCGAUGGGUCGGCCAUCUUUGGUGGGGACCGGUCCAAGCGGUAUGCUAUCGUGAUCGAGCAGGGCAAGGUCAAGUCGGUGGCGGUUGAACCCGACAACACCGGUACUGACGUCUCGCUGGCCGAGAAGGUGUUGGGGCCAAUCUCAGGCUGAUAGGAUGCUGCCCAUUUCUGACUGUACAUAAAAGCUUGGCCCCUUGCAAACGAACGGCACAGCGUAUCAAGUUGGGCAGCGCUUUGUCAUGUCUGCUGCUUCAAGAGUACCCAAAGGCUGAUGAUGAAGAGGGUGAACACUCAAUAUCGCCGUUAUGGUAUUUGCGGCUAACUGUUUACCCAAGGUAUCUCUACAAUAUGUGCAGGUUGUUGCAAGGUGCAACAAAAACCCAGCCAAUCCCCAAACUUAACACCUCAUACAAACCCACUUCAAAGCAUGGGCUUAAGGUCGUCAGCCACAUGGAAGGGCGCUUCAGUCUUAGCCUUGAUCUCAUCCACCGUCACGCCAUCCGCGAUUUCGAUCAGCGUCAGCCCGUGGGCAAAAUCGACGUCA